GCAAGCAGGGGGCCCGGAUGAGCCUGCUGGGGAAGCCGCUGUCCUACUCCAGCGGCCAGAGCUGCCGGCGCAACGCCAAGUACCGGCGCGUGCAGAACUACCUGUACAACGUCCUGGAGCGGCCGCGCGGCUGGGCGUUCGUGUACCACGCGUUCGUUUUUCUCCUUGUCUUUGGUUGCUUGAUUUUGUCCGUGUUUUCUACCAUCCCUGAGCACACAAAAUUGGCCUCAAGUUGCCUCUUAAUUCUGGAGUUCGUGAUGAUUGUCGUCUUUGGUUUGGAGUUCAUCAUUCGAAUCUGGUCAGCGGGUUGCUGUUGUCGGUACAGAGGAUGGCAAGGAAGACUGAGGUUUGCCCGAAAGCCCUUCUGUGUCAUAGAUACUAUUGUCCUUAUUGCAUCAAUAGCAGUCGUUUCUGCAAAAACUCAGGGUAACAUUUUUGCCACGUCUGCACUCAGAAGUCUUCGUUUCCUGCAGAUCCUCCGUAUGGUGCGCAUGGACCGAAGGGGAGGCACCUGGAAAUUACUAGGUUCAGUGGUUUAUGCUCACAGCAAGGAAUUAAUCACAGCUUGGUACAUAGGAUUUUUGGUUCUUAUAUUUUCAUCUUUCCUUGUCUAUCUGGUGGAAAAGGAUGCCAAUAAAGAGUUUUCUACAUAUGCAGAUGCUCUCUGGUGGGGUACAAUCACAUUGACAACUAUUGGCUAUGGAGACAAAACUCCCCUGACUUGGCUGGGAAGGUUGCUCUCUGCAGGCUUCGCACUCCUGGGCAUUUCUUUCUUUGCACUUCCUGCUGGCAUUCUUGGCUCCGGUUUUGCAUUAAAAGUACAAGAACAACACCGUCAAAAACACUUCGAAAAGAGAAGAAACCCAGCUGCCAACCUCAUCCAGUGUGUCUGGCGCAGUUAUGCAGCAGAUGAGAAAUCUGUUUCCAUUGCAACCUGGAAGCCACACUUGAAGGCUUUGCACACCUGCAGCCCUACCAAGAAAGAACAAGGGGAAUCAGCAAGCAGUAAGCUCUGCAGUAAUAAGCAGAAGCUCUUCAGAAUGUACACCUCCCGGAAGCAGAGUCAGAAGCUAAGUUUUAAGGAGCGAGUGCGCAUGGCUAGCCCAAGGGGCCAGAGUAUUAAGAGCAGACAAGCCUCGGUAGGUGACAGGAGGUCCCCGAGCACAGACAUCACAGCCGAAGGCAGCCCCACCAAAGUACAGAAGAGCUGGAGCUUCAACGACCGCACCCGCUUCCGGCCCUCACUGCGCCUCAAAAGCUCUCAGCCUAAGCCAGUGAUAGAUGCUGACACAGCGCUUGGCACUGAGGAUGUCUAUGAUGAGAAGGGAUGCCAGUGCGACGUAUCAGUAGAAGACCUCACCCCACCACUUAAAACUGUCAUCCGAGCCAUCAGAAUUAUGAAAUUUCACGUUGCAAAACGAAAGUUUAAGGAAACAUUGCGCCCAUAUGAUGUAAAAGAUGUCAUUGAACAAUAUUCUGCUGGUCAUCUGGACAUGCUGUGUAGAAUUAAAAGCCUUCAAACUCGUGUUGAUCAGAUUCUUGGAAAGGGGCAAAUCACGUCAGACAAGAAGAGCCGGGAGAAAAUCACAGCAGAACAGGAGACGGCAGAUGACCUCAGCAUGCUCGGCCGCGUAGUCAAGGUUGAAAAACAGGUCCAGUCCAUUGAGUCCAAGCUGGACUGCCUACUGGACAUCUACCAGCAGGUCCUCCGCAAGGGCUCUGCCUCUGCCCUCACCUUGGCUUCCUUCCAGAUUCCGCCCUUUGAAUGUGAACAGACGUCCGACUAUCAAAGCCCGGUGGAUAGCAAAGACCUGUCCAGCUCCACGCAGAACAGUGGCUGCUUAACCAGGUCGGCUAGUGCCAACAUCUCGCGGGGCCUGCAGUUCAUUCUGACGCCCAAUGAGUUCAGUGCUCAGACUUUCUACGCCCUCAGCUCUCCUAUGCACAGCCAAGUGACACAGGUGCCACUGAGUCAGAGCGACGGCUCCGCCGUGGCAGCCAGCAACAUUGCAAACCAAAUAAGCGCGGCGCCCAAGCCAGCUGCCCCAACAACCCUACAGAUCCCACCUCCCCUCCCGGCCAUCAAGCAUCUGCCCCGGCCGGAGACUUUGCACCCAAACCCCGCAGGCUUACAGGAAAGCAUUUCUGAUGUCACCACCUGCCUUGUUUCCUCCAAGGAAAAUGUUCAGGUUGCUCAGUCCAACUUGACCAAGGACCGUUCUCUGAGGAAAAGCUUUGACACCGGAGGAGAAGCUCUGUUGUCUGUCCUCCCCUCGGUGCCCAAGGACUUGGGCAAAUCUCUGUCUGUACAAAACCUGAUCAGGUCGACAGAGGAACUGAGCUUGCAGCUUUCAGGGAGUGAGUCCAGCGGCUCCAGAGGCAGCCAAGAUUUUUACCCCAAAUGGAGGGAAUCCAAAUUGUUCAUAACUGAUGAGGAGGUAUGUGCCGAAGAGACAGAGACGGAUACCUUUGACGGCACACCGCAGCCCGCCAAGGAAGCUGCUUUUGCAGCGGACUCUCUAAGGACUGGAAGAUCACGAUCAUCUCAGAGCAUUUGUAAGGCAGGAGAAAGUUCAGAUGCCCUCAGCUUGCCCCAUGUCAAACUGAAAUAAGUUCUUCGUCUUCUUUCUGAACAUAGUGGUUCCUUUAGCCAUACAUAUCAUUGCAUGAACUACUUUGAAAGCCCUCCUAAAAAGUUGAAAUUGCAAGAAAGAACGUGAGAGGCAGUUUAUAAGCCUGUUAUCUUUUAAUUGCAUGAAAAUGCAUGUUUAGGGAUGGCUGAGAUUCCAAGGUGCAUUGACAUUCACAUUUACUAAUGUACCUUGCGUUUAAAAUCCUGAGAUUCCAAACAUUGCUCAUGCUACAGGGUGUGUGAAAAUGUCAAGAUUAGAUCAUUUAGAAGAUUGGACACUAUAUUUUGCAAUGUGGGAGUAAAUACCUUCAAAUUCCAGGCGUUUCUGCUUUGUGACUAAAUACAAAAUACAUUUUCAAAAUUAGGUCAUCAUGUAUAUUUAAACAUAAUGGCUAUCAACUGCUGCUAACAGUGUAUCGAGUAAAGCAGAUUUCGGGAAUAACAGAAACAGCUGCUUAUAUCAAGAUAUUUUUGCCAACCUGUUCCCACCUGGUCAUUUUAUUAUUAAUGUAAUUUGAAUGUCCUUUUCUGUGCUCUUGAUGAUGUAGCUCUGUGGCAAGCAAUUUUGCACAUCAUUUUCACGUUGUCCUUUAUGACAAGAAUGUUUUGCAAUUAGAAAAAUGGGCAAACGAUGGAAUUCAGGGCCAGUAGGGUGAACAGACUCGCUAUUUGACAUAUUUGACUUUGUGGAAGCACAUUCCGUAAUGGCACGGUCAGAAAAUUGUCACCUUCUAUACAAGUGUAUAAAAAAAGCUGGUGUGAUUGGGCUGGUUUCUCUGUGAGGCCUUCCACUUCCGGCUCACGCCAUCCUGCCCCAUGAAGGGCAGGUGUGGGAGGCAGUUCUCAUUUCCCUAGCAUACAGGUAGUGCCAUGGGAAAAGGGAUAUUGAAGUGGGACAGAGAGGGAAAAAGCUUAGAAAGAAUCCAGACACAGCACCAGGAAGUAGGCAAUGCUCAAAAAAAAAAAAAAAAAAA